UUGCGUAGGACUCCAUACUCUACUCACCUUUCUUCUCCAACAUGAAAGACACCAUUGUUCUGUACCCUAACAUUGGUAGGGGUCACCUAGUGUCCAUGGUGGAGCUAGGCAAGCUCAUUCUAUCCCACCACCCUUCUCUUUCCAUCACCAUCCUCAUCCUCACCCCAUCCCCCAACGCCACUUUCACCCUAGCCUGCAACUCCAACGCCCAAUACAUCGCCGCCGUCUCCGCCACCAUCCCCGCAAUCACAUUACACAGCGUUCCCAUGGCCCAACUCCCCCUCGACACCCCUUCCCUCCCCCCUCACCUCAUCUCCCUCGAACUCUCCCGACACAGCACACAAAACGUUGCCCUUGCACUCCAAAGCCUCAUCAAAGCCUCCAACAUCAAAGCCCUUGUCAUUGACUUCUUAAACUUCAGCAACCCCAAAACUCUCACUGAAAAUCUCACCACAAACAUCCCCACUUUCUUCUACUACACAUCCGCAGCCUCCAGCCUCGUUGUGCUUUUUCAUAUCUCCACCACUCUCCCAAAACAAAUCAAAGAUCAACAGUUUCUACUUCACUUCCCAGGGUUGCCUGCUAUCUCCAUCGAUGACUUUCCAAACGAAUCCAUCGAUCCUUUGAACUACACUAACCAGAUUUUCUCUCAGAUAGCGGAAGCCAUGAAGGGUAGUUCUGGGAUUAUAAUAAACACUUGUGAAGCGAUUGAAGAGAAAGCCAUUGCAGUGUUGAACGACGACGGGACCGUGCCUCCGUUGUUUUGUGUGGGCCCCGUGAUUUCUGCAUCAUAUGGGGAAAAAGACAAAGGAUGUCUGAGUUGGCUCGAGUCGCAACCGAGUCAGAGCGUGGUGUUGUUGUGUUUCGGAAGCAUGGGGUUGUUCUCGAGGGAGCAGUUGAAGGAGAUGGCUAUUGGGUUAGAGAAGAGCCAGCAAAGGUUCUUGUGGGUGGUGAGGACCGAGUUGGAAUGUGGUGACUCGGUGGAGGAGAAACCGAGUCUGGACGAGUUGUUGCCAGAAGGAUUUUUGGAGAGGACGAAGGAGAAGGGGUUGGUGGUGCGGGACUGGGCCCCACAGAGGGAGAUUCUGAGUCAUGACUCAGUGGGGGGGUUUGUGACUCACUGCGGGUGGAACUCGGUGCUGGAAUCCGUGUGCGAAGGGGUGCCAAUGGUGGCGUGGCCAUUGUACGCCGAGCAGAAGCUGAAUAGGGUGUUUAUGGUUCAGGAAAUGAAAGUUGCUUUGGCGCUGAAGGAGGAGAAAGAUGGGUCAGUGAGUGGGAGUGAGUUGGGGGAGCGACUGAAGGAACUCAUGGAAUCGGACAAGGGGAAAGAAAUUCGUCAGAAGGUUUUCAAGAUGAAACUCAGUGCUGCAGAAGCAUUGGGUGAACGUGGAACUUCACGUGAUGCGUUGAAUAAGUUGGCUACGUUAUGGGAAACGAGUUAUUUCAAUAUUUAACUUCUGUUUAUAAGCUUUAUAUUCCAUCUGUUUUUCUUCUCUUCCUAAUAGUUAUAAAUCUAUGUUCCAUUUAACAAGUUUUUUCUUUUCCAAUAAUAAAAAAUUCUGUAGAAAAACUUAAUAAAAUUUUCAUGAAGAUGCAAUGUUGUGUUCUGUCACCAUCAUGUUAAUCGGACACGGGGAAGGAAAUUCGUCAGAGGGUUUUCAAAAUGAAAAUCAUUGCAGCAGAAGCAUUGGGUGAAGGUGGAACUUCACGUGUUGCGUUGGAUAACUUGGCCAUGUUAUGGAGAAGUGUAAUAUAGCAUAACAUAUAGUAUCAAAUGAAUAAAUAUAAAAAGUUUAUGUAC